AUGACGAGUAAUAUUCCCGAAAAUCUGCUUCCCUACGCAGAAAUACAAAGGGCAUUGACAGAGCUUACUCCAGAUACAGUCGAAAGCGUCUAUGAUUUGAUAUUAAAAUCACCUCUUACCAAAGAAAAAACCUACAUUAAUUUCAUUGUCAAUGAAUUAAUUACAAUAUUUCCUUUAAAGCAUAAGAGAUGGGAUAUGUAUAUCACAUUAACGCAAAAAUUAAGUAAAUGCAAUACACAACCCUUUAAUACAUUCAAAACAAUAUUAAUGCAAGAAUUAUUUGCAACAAGAGACGAAUGGGAAAUCCACAACAAAUCUCCAAUAUUAAAAUACGCUCGUCUAUGCUUAAAAGCCAAAAUUUACACAAUUAACGAAGUAAUUAAUUAUUUAAUCAAAUUACCAACAACAGCACCAUCACAAUACUUCCUUAGCGUUUGUUUCUUUGCUCCAGAGACAUUUAAAGCAAAUCAAGGUAUAUUUACAACUUUCAAACAGAUUAUUCAAAAAAUGGUCGUAUCAGAAGACCAAACAGCAACAGUCACACAAGUUCCAGGUGGUGGAGGUCCAUUAUACCGUAUCAAAGACUCAGUAGUUCAAGAAUACGUAAAUUGCUUUGAUAUUCUCUGCGAAAACGACUUCCAAAAGCUCAUUCCUUUAAUAGAUACAGGCUGCGAAUACAACUCAGUAGAAUUAGAUAUCUACAACGAUGAUGUCGAAAAUAUGUCAUCAAAAAUGGGAAAAACAUACAAUACCAAUCGAAAAGUCAGUCCAAAUCCUUUCCAUCCAGCCAUGUUCCUUCAAUGGCGUCCAACGUUAUUAGAAAUGGCCGCUUUUUACGGUUCGCCGAAAUCAUUUGACUAUUUACUCAAGAGAAAUGCGAGAACAUCAUUCAUUGCCAUGAUGGCAGUCGCAGGUGGCUUCGAAUCCAUCCUCAAACGCGUCGAAGAGCUCAAAGAACCGUUCGAAGCCUGCCUAAGAAUUGCGGCCGCAUUCAGAGACAUCAAGACGAUAGAAUGGCUCAUUCAAAAUCACUUUUCAGAGCUAAAGUACGAUAAAGAAAUAAAUUAUGUUCUUGCACGUGCAGCGUUUACUAACUAUCUCCCAAUGCUUGAUUUCUGUAUCAACAAAGGCGUUGAUAUUAAUUUUAGUGAUGAAAAUGGAGAAACAGCACUUCACUUGGCCGUGAAAAUGGAAAAUAAAGAAGCUUUGUUGUUCCUUAUAAGUAGGCCACACUUGCAGUUCAGAAAGAAGAAUGUUUAUGGAUUGAAUCCACAUUCUAUGACGAAAAACAAAGAAAUUUUGGAUAUUUUGAAUGGUGCGGAAGAAAAAAGAGCUCAGGAGAAAGAAAAACAGAAGAAAGCUAAGCGAAUUUAA